UCUCCUUAUGAGGCCUUUUUCGGGUUCAAGAUGAGAGGCGUUUAUAAUACACCAGAAGACACUGCACCCGAUACUGUGCAAGAAGAUACCACGCCCGAUACUAUGCCAGAAGAUACUACGCUCGAUACUGUGUCAGAAGACACCACGUCCGAUACUGUACCAGAAGACACCACGUCCAAUACUGCGCCAGAAGACACCAUGCCAAACACUAUGCUAGAAAACGUUAAUGUCGUUACCCGAGACAUUAGUAAUAACCAGGCUUCGUAUGAAUUUCAUGCGCUGCAAGUAAAACGUGUGCAUGAGAAGAUUGCACAAAAUGAAGAGGCUUAUUGA